GGUGGUGUGGCACGACGACGGCUCGGAGGGUCUGUUAGCGAUCAGCAUUUGACAGCGCUCGGUGGUGGGCUGUCCGAGAGGGGAGGAAUUUCGAAGACGAUCUUCGUUACGUGCUCGUUCGCCAUGUGUACCUUAACAAAAUAGGAUUAUCCGCCAAUUACUGGAGCUUGUCGGUGAUCAGGUCAGAGCCCGGGCCGGACAUCGAACGACCCUCUGCUAGCUUACCGCGUGCGUCACUGCCGGAAAAUUAGCGCACCGUCAUCGAUGGGGCUCCGGAGGUGGCUCAGCGGCUCACUAACAUUCACCUGGACUUCAACAGAAGGCAGUGCGACCAAGAGGGUGUCCGUCGAUUCGAACCAGGAGUCGGAACCUAGGAAAAUGGCUGAUUUCCCAAACCCACCGCUCAUCGCCGGCUCCCGGGCGUACACGAGGGACUACAUUGCGCUCGGCAUUCUCUUCUUCGUCAACCUCAUCAACUACAUGGACAGAGUGACUGUUGCUGCCGUUUUACCCCUGGUUUCGGACCAUUACGGGCUCAGUGACAAAGAGAAAGGUUUCCUACAAACCGUAUUCGUGAUAUCGUACAUGGUGUUUGCGCCCGCAUUCGGCUACUUGGGCGACCGAUACUCGCGGAAGUAUCUGAUGGCGGGCGGAGUCGUUUUCUGGAGUGUGACAACGUUGCUGGGGUCGAUCCCUCCACCCAGAGAAUACAAACAUACAUUCUUCGCAUUGCGAGCCCUGGUCGGUGUGGGCGAAGCGUCUUAUUCGACCAUCGCGCCAACAAUCAUAGCCGACAUCUUCCCCGAAGACAAGCGAACGAUCGCGCUCGGAGUGUUUUACUACGCUAUUCCGAUCGGAUCCGGUCUUGGUUAUAUGGUCGGAGCUGGCUUAUCAUCGUUGUUCGGCGGCUGGUUUUGGGCUCUCAGAUUGACUCCUGUUCUGGGCACAAUCGCAAUCGUCCUUAUCCUGGGUGUCCUCAGAGAACCACCGCGAGGACAGUCGGAUGGAGGAGUACAAUUGACCAGAACGUCACUCUUCGAAGAUCUCCACGAUCUGGCCACGAACCUGUCGUUCGUGCUGUCCACUCUGGGCUUCACGGCGGCAACAUUCGCCCUCGGAGCGAUGUCCUGGUGGGCGCCUGACUUCAUGAGCAGAGCCCAGCAAGUGCAUUCCCCGGGCUCGGAGGACACGAAGUAAGUCCUCACAUUGAUAUUUGGAGCCAUCACGUGCUUAGGGGGAGCUUUCGGCAUCAGUUUAGCAGUCUAUCUUUCACGAACGCUCCGGGGCCGCUUCAAGAGAGCGGAUCCCGCGAUCUGUGCGGCAGGACUCCUCCUAGGAGUACCGCUCAUAUUCGGCGCUCUGAUGUUCGCCGCCAGCCAGCCGAACGUCACAUGGGUGUUCUUCUUUUUCGGACUGUCGUUCCUAUCUCUCAAUUGGUCGAUAGUUCCGGACAUUCUCCUGUAUACAGUACUCCCCACGAGACGGGGGACUGCUUCAGCCAUGCAGAUUCUCUUCUCACAUAUGCUGGGUGACGCAGCGAGCCCGUACUUCGUAGGAUCGGUACGUGACACGAAGGCGCGCCCUCAUUUCGCUCGUGUAUAUCUCCGUCAGCCGACUCCUAGGCCUCGAUCAUUUUCACAUGCCUCGACAAUCAUUCCGAAUUUCCUAACAUUUUUCUCCACUACUCAGAUUUCAGAUCAACUCUGCGCUGGAUCUAGCGCAGACGAUAAACUUAAAUCAUUCGAGUGCUUGCGUAAUGCCAUGAUGCUCCCUGUGGGCGUUUUGGUGAUCGGAGCUCUGGUUUUCAUCGUGAACAUGUUCACAAUCGUUCGCGACAAAGAACGUUGUCAGAUGCGGAUGCAAGGCUAUGUUCCGCCUGGUACCAGGAGCAGACUGUGUGUCGAUGAGGACGAGCAGGAAUCUGCGAAUAUUACGGAUGCCUUAGGCAGAGAUUACGGAAGUCUGAUGGACCACGAGCAUUAGGGCCCAGGAUACGAGUCAGCAGACCGUCAAUUUGAGGAAGAUGAGAUGCUCCCUCUCCACGAGGUCAACUUGGCGACCUAUACCUGGAGCACCCGAUGACAACUCGAUCGGCGGCAAACGCCGCGUUGAGCAACUCGUGGGAGGAUUCAGUUUUGUCGCUGGGAAAUUCAAUGUCCGAAGUUCCUCUCCAACGUCGAGUACCCGGAGCCAUUGGGUUCGACCGCCUGCCUGUAUCUUCGCCAUUCCCCGUCCUCGAUUUACACUUCUUUUCUACAAAGAAUUUCUGUAUAUACCUGCAGAAGUGUUAAAUGUAUUGUGUUUGCGGGAGCAUGUUCAUAUAUAGGUAACGGAAUCGUUAUCUCCUGUUUAUACGGAAAUAGAGAUAUUUUUACAAGCACACGUUCGAUUUGAACGGAAACCCCUUUCUCUCUCAAGAAAGAAGUUGUGAUCGAUAAUUCCUCAUCCUUUCGGCCCGAGUAAUUACGCUUCUUCGAGAGGUGCAUCACAAGUUGAUGAAGAACUUCUGCGAAUAAAUUCGGAUUCGCGAAUCU